GUCAGUGCCCGACCCACCGGACGGGGUGGCAUUCUUUGAAAUUUUAACAUUUUUCUCGAGUUGACAUUUUUUUUUUUGACGCUUCGUGAACGCUAUGGCUGAAUCGCAAGAGCAGACCGGUGAAGUGACGUGGCCCGAAUUCAUCAAGAAUAGGGUUACAGUUACCAUUACCAAGUCGAGUAUCUCGGACCGAUUGGACUUCUUGCACCAUGCUCUUCUGAUCCGUCUACGCCGAAAAGAUUUGCCCGUGGACGCAUUGCCUUCUUUGCUCAGCCUUGUCUUCUUGACCUAUACACGUUAUCACGAUCGAGCAUCCCGUCUCGCUAUUCUUGAGGUGCUCAAAGAACUCAAUAACUGGAAUGCCGACAUUUUCCAAAAAGCGUUUGUUCCCGCUCUCGUCCGGGAAGCCGAGAAAAUUGGUAAACGCACGUCUACAGGGGAGUGUGUUACUUCUGCUGCGGAUCGUUUCAUCUUGUUGACCUGGGUCGAUCUGUUGAUUGGGCUUGUGCUGAAAUCAGUGGACGUUGAAAAGGCAGCGAGUUCCACUUUAUUGUCGUCGCUGGUCAACGCGCAAGCUUUGCUGUUGGACGGCUUUGCCAACGAUCAAAAGAAGACCAUUGCUAAAAGUGCCUUGGUGGAUGUACGACGUACCGUGCGACAAAAUGCUACGGCCAUUCCCACCCUUCUUGACAUCGCUUUAGCGAAUGCUUCAACCGUCACGCCUUCUUACCGCAACGCCGUGCUCAUCGGCACCAUCAUCGAUACCAGCCUUCGAUUGAAAGUGAAUGCCUCGAGUGGAAAGCAGUACAUCGACGAUGCCAAAUCCAAAUUGAUCUCUUAUUACUUGAAGAACAUUGUAUCAUCGCGAACCGCCGUCACCACUUCGGCCAUGGAUGCUUUCCGCGAUUUCAUGCACUUUACUGUCCCUGAGGAUACUUUUGUCAGCGAAUGUGUGCCUGUAUUUGAAAAGAUGAUGUUGCGUUCGCCCGAAGUCGCUUUACCAGUCUUGGCACGUAUUGUUCCCGUACUUUCAUUUGACGUGUCCGAUAUCUUUGCGACCAAGUGGUUAGAUCCUCUGUUGAACCAUUUAAGAUCCACCUCGGUGGCCGUUCGACAAGGUGGUAUGAUGCUUUGGGAGGCUCUGACAGAGAUUUGCCGUAAACAGGAAGCUCUGGUAAAAAUUGUGACAGCCACGAGUAAAACGUUGACGGGCGGGAAAGUCACUUCUUGGGAACAUCGUGCGGUGCUCUACAAUGCAUUGUCAUCUCUUGCUCAGCCCGCCGAUACCGUCAUCAGUCACAAGGCACUGGAAGGUUAUUUCGCCAUGAUCCCCAAGGAAUCCAACGAGCAAGCCAUGACGUGCGCUGUGGAUGGAGUUGGACGUCAUUUGAUUGUAUUGAUUUACGACGAUGCGUACAGUGGCGCGCAUAAGGAACUGGUGGAUAAGGCAGUGAAAGUAUCCUCGGAAGGUUUGGCGUCGUCCAAGCCGCAAACACGCAAGACGUGGGCUACAGCUUUCGGUAACACCGUGUGGAAACGUACCGAUGCCAGCCAAACCUUGAGCGCCAAUGUCACGAAAUAUAUGCAGGGUUUAUUUUCCGUUUUUGACAAGAUCGUUGACAAGCCCUUGUUGUGGAAGGACGGACCAUUGGAAGCGUAUAUCUUGAUCGCGUCGAUUUCCGGUCGCAUUCAGCAAUGGCCUACGGUGCCGCCUGCCGUACUGGAUCUUUUGAAAAAGCACAAAUACCCCUCCACUCUCCUUGUUUCAUCACCCAAGCCCAGCUUCUUAUUGUGGGAUCGUAUCUACACCAAGGCCACCGGUGCCGAAGAAGGAUUGUGGCUCGUUCGAGCUUUGACGAGUUUGUUCCAGCGUGAAUCCACCGCGUCUUUGGAGAAAUCCGGCGCAGGUUACCUGUGCGCUCAAGCCUUGAUUUGGAUCAUCACCAGCCAUCCUGAACACACCGUGCGUCGAGCCGCGUAUCAAGACACGUCGGCCAUUGCCGCCUCUGAACCUCAGAAACUCACGGUGUUUGCCAAACAAGCUUUGACGCAAUGGCUCUUGGACUUGGAACACAAGGCCAAGGAUUCCACGGCCAUGAUUGGUUACCAUGCCGAAAAUUACAACAAGGAUGUGGCUUCUUACCGACUGGCGAGCGUGCUCAAUACGAUCUUAUCUUUUGACAAGGAUUUGGAUGCAGACAUCAAAGAAAAGGAGUUGCUUGAUUUCAUGAUCCUCGCACAUCAUCCAUAUAUCGCUUCUCCCACAGAUAAGUACAACUGGAUCAGUUUGAUGCAGCGCGUCAACAUCAAUCCUGGUGCUUUGGUCGCCAAUCACAUCGAGACGAUCCGCGAUAUCCUUCGAAAAGCCAUGUCGGAUGAAGUACAGUCUGAAUUAUUCUAUCAAGCUGCCCUUGCGUCGAUUUCGACCUUGGUGUUUAUUUCUCCCAGCUUGAUUCCUCUGUUCAUGGAAAUGAUCAGCGAUGAUUUAAAUCCUGCUCUCGUCAAUGGCAUUGGCUCAUUGGAAUGCCAGAUCUGGAAGACGCCCGAGGGUGAAUGCUGUGUGGAUGUCAUCAAGAAAAAGACCACGACAGAGCAUCGUAACAAGAAGGGAUUCAAGGAUCAACAAUGGGAGGAAGAAUUGCGUGCGGAACUCGCCAAGAAGAAGGGUUUGGUGCAGAAAUUGACCAAGGAAGAACAAGCGGCGGUCGAUGCGCAAUUGAAGAAAGAAAGCGAAAUUCGCGAUAAGGUACAAAAGGUGCAUGAUCAAUUGGCGCUAGGUUUGCGAAUGAUCGGUGCUCUGAUCCGCGGAAAUACACACGCCAUGGAAGAAUACGUGGUGGAACUUGUGCGCAUUUUGCUGCUGAUUGGCAAGACCAAUGCCGGUAUGAUGGUGGGCGAAUCGAUCGUGGAUACUUACCUGGAAUUGGGCGCUUGUGUUUCCGAAAACGUGUAUACCAUUCGCGCCGCGAUUGCUCUCGCCACUCUGCGUGCCAACGGUGUCCAACCUAUUCCUGCGCGCUGGUUAGAUGAGCCCCUGGGCGCUUUGAUUGCUCGCGUUCUUUACCGUCUUCGCUUCAUUACCGAAGCACAACCGCUGCCUCCAGCUACGUUUGCUUACAUUUUCCCCGUCUUGUAUCAAGUCAUUCAACAAGGCGGUAUCGAUUGUGGUAAAUCCGACGAUGGCGUUGAAACAGCCAUGGAGCAAGUUGUCAUGUCUGUUGAUGUGAUUGGUUUCCACUGUCAACAAGGCGAAUCGACAGUGAUGCCUCGCCAAGAAAUGAUUGCCAGUCUCUUGCAUGCCAUCAAGGAAUAUCCUCAAGUGAGCAAAAACGCCAAGUUGUCGCUGGUCGCAUUGUCCGAAACCAUGGUCGACUCGGUCACGUUGGAAGAAACCAAUACCUUGUUGCAAGGCUUGCUGUCCGAGGAAUCCCUGGUACGAUCUGCCGCUUUGCAAGGCCUUGAGUAUCUUGAUUUGACUGACAUUGAUUACUCGCCUGAACUUUGGCUUGCUUGUCAUGAUGAUCAAAAUGCCGAUUUGGCCAAUACUUUGUGGAAUGAUAAUGCCAUGGACGUGGAAGAAGAUUAUCGUGAUGUCUUGCUCGACUAUGCAGUGUCGGAUUCUUCCUAUGUGCGCAACGCUGUCAGCAAAGCGAUGGCCGAUGCUAUUGCCAUGUACCCCAACACCGUGGCUGAUACGCUUGCAGCCAUUUAUGCGUUGUACAAGAAAAAGGCGGCUCCUUUGGAUCCCGAGUACGAUCAAUACGGUAUGGUGAUCCCCGAAACGUUGAAUCGUCGCGAUCCGUGGGAAGCGCGUGCCGGUCUCGCUUUGAUGCUUCAAGCCAUGGCUCCUCAGAUGCAGUUUGACAAUGUGCGUGGAUUCUGUCAGUUCCUGAUCAAGGAUGAAGCGUUGGGUGACCGUGAUGAAACUGUCCGCAAAAAGAUGCUCGACGCCGGUUUAGCCGCGGUGAAUGCCUAUGGUCAUGAAGGAAAGCAGGACUUGUUGGCGACGUUUGAAGCGUACUUGAACCAGCAAGCCGUGGACAGCGAAACCCACGAUUACAUUCGCCAAGCGGUGAUUAUUCUGUAUGGUGGUGCGGCCGGAUUCUUGGACUCUGGCGACAGCAAGGUUACCAUGGCGGUGGAUAAGAUGAUUGCUACCUUGGAUACGCCUUCGGAAGUGGUGCAGAGUGCGGUGGCGGACUGUCUUCCUCCACUGAUCAAGAAGAUCAAGGAAGAAGUGCCUCAGAUCUGUGAAGGUCUUUUGAAGAAGUUGUUCACGGGUGAAAAAUACGCGCAACGUCGUGGCGCCGCUUACGGUUUGGCCGGUGUGGUCAAAGGCCGCGGUAUCACGGCCUUGAAAGAAUGCAACAUCAUGACGUCGCUUAAGGAGGCUGUGGAUAACAAGCGUGCUUACCAAUCGCGUCAAGGUGCCCUGUUUGCUUUCGAAACGCUGUCAUCCACGCUUGGACGUUUAUUCGAGCCAUACAUUAUUCAGAUCAUUCCCCUGUUACUCGUUUGCUUUGGUGAUGCCAAUACGGAUGUGCGUGAAGCAUGCUCCGACACGGCGCGUGUGAUUAUGAGCAAGAUCAGCGGUCACUGCGUCAAGCUGAUUCUUCCUUCCAUUUUGGAAGGUUUGGACGAUCGUCAAUGGCGUACAAAGAAAGCGUCGGUGGAAUUGCUUGGUGCGACGGCGUACUGUGCGCCCAAGCAGCUUUCGGUGUCUCUUCCCAACAUCAUUCCUCGCAUUACCGAGGUGCUGGCCGAUACCCAUGCUCAAGUGCAAGCCGCAGCACGUCGUUCGCUUCAACUUUUUGGUGAAGUGAUUAGUAACCCUGAAAUUCAAGGCUUGGUGCCCGUGUUACUGGAAGCAUUGAGUGAUCCGAAUCGAAAGACCAAGGCGGCCUUGACGGCUCUUUUGCAAACGUCGUUUGUCCAUUACAUCGAUCCUCCUUCGUUGGCGUUGGUCAUGCCUAUUCUCGAGCGUGGUUUGCGUGAACGUGGUACGGAGAUCAAGACCAAAUCGGCGCAAAUUGUGGGCAACAUGGCUUCGUUGACCGAUCAAAAAGAUUUGGUUCCCUAUUUGCCGAUCCUGAUGCCUGGUAUCAAGGAAGUGUUGGCUGAUCCGGUUCCUGAAGCGCGCGGUACGGCGGCCAAGGCAUUGGGAAGCUUUGUUGAAAAACUGGGUGAAGACAACUUCCCUGGUCUGGUGAUGGAAUUGCUCGACAAGCUCAAGACAGAUACCGGCAACGUCGAUCGCCAAGGUGCUGCGCAAGGUCUUUCCGAAGUGUUGGCGGGUCUGGGUCUGGAACGUCUGGAUGGUCUGUUGCCUGAAAUUCUCGCCAGUGCCGACAGUCCUCGUGCGUAUGUUCGUGAAGGUUUUAUUUCUCUGCUCAUCUAUUUGCCUGCGACGUUUGGUCCUCGUUUCCAACCUUAUCUUGGUCGUAUUAUUCCUCCCAUUCUUAUGGGUCUUGCGGACGAGUCCGAAUUUGUACGUGACGCGUCGUUGCGUGCCGGUCGUAUGAUUGUGACCAAUUACGCAACCAAGGCGGUGGAUCUGUUGUUGCCUGAAUUGGAGAAGGGCCUGUUCGAUGCCAACUGGCGUAUUCGUCAGAGUUCGGUCCAAUUGGUGGGCGAUCUGUUAUUCCGUAUCACGGGUAUUGUCAAUCCCAACAAGGGGUUGGAAGCCUUGGGUAACUUUGAUGAACUCAAGGACGAAGACGCAGACGACAGUUACGGUGUUGGCGAAAAUAAGUCCAAGCAAUUGUUGGACGUUCUCGGCAAAGAUCGUCGCGAUCGUAUCUUGUCGGCCUUGUACAUUGUUCGUCAAGACUUCUCUGGUAUUGUGCGACAGGCUUCGUUACGUGUGUGGAAGGUGCUUGUCUCCAAUACGCCACGUACGCUUAAGGAUAUCCUGCCUGCGAUGAUGUUGAUGGUGAUUCGCAACUUGUCCAGCGACAACGAUGAAAAGAGCGCCGUGGCCGGUCGUACAUUGGCGGAAUUGGUAGUCAAGUUGGGCGAAGGUGUGUUGCCUGAAAUUCUCCCCAUUCUCGAAGAAGGCAUGGGAUCCAACGAUGAAGAAACCCGCCAAGGUGUUACUUCGGCCUUUAGCAUCGUUAUGGAAACCGCUGGCAAGGUACAAGUCUUGGACUUUGCCGAUCAAAUCAUUCCCGUGGUUAAGAAAGCCUUGUGUGAUUCUUCCUCGGAAGUCCGCGAAGCCGCUGCUCAAGCCUUUGAUACCUUGCAUCAAAACGUUGGUGCUAGAGCCAUUGAUGAAAUUCUGCCGUCCUUGCUUAACCAAUUGCAAUCUUCGGAUGAAGGAUCAGUUUACGCUCUUGCGGCUCUUAAGGAGAUCAUGGCGGUCCGUGCGAAUGUGGUAUUCCCUGUGCUUAUUCCUACUUUAAUUGCCACGCCAAUGAGUGCAUUCAACGCGCGUGCUUUGGGCUCCCUGGUGACGGUGGCUGGUUCUGCGUUGAAUCGACGCUUGUCCGUGAUUCUGUCAGCUAUUGUAGAAUCGCGUAUGAUGGAAACCGAUGAAGAAGUGUUGGAGCAAUUAUCGACUACCACCAUUGCGUUGAUGAAAUCCAUUGAAGACGAAGACGGUCUUGCCACACUGAUCUCGACGUUGCAGGAAUACGCUAGAAGCGAAAGUUGGGAAAAACGUGCCGUGGCAUGCGACAUUACGGCCAGCUUUUACAGCGAAACGGAUUUGGACGGUUCCGAUUACGUGCAGGAGUGGAUCGAAAUCUUGGUGCCCCUUUUGGACGACAGUGCAUCGGCAGUGGUGAAACCGGCUUGGAAUGCGCUUUCAGCCGUGACCAAGUCGAUGCCCAAGGAUGAAUACGAAGCUUUGGUGCCUGUGACGCGUCAUGCCGUUCAUAUCGUGGGUGUGCGUGGCUGCGACGUGGCCGGUUUCUGCUUGCCCAAGGGUAUCAGUGCCGUUCUCCCCAUUUUCCUCCAAGGUCUCAUGUACGGCUCCACCGAAAAUCGCGAACUCUCAGCCUUGGGUAUUGGUGAUUUGAUCGAGCGUACCUCGUCGGAUGCAUUGAAGCCGUUUGUUACCCAGAUCACAGGUCCUCUUAUCCGUAUUGUCGGUGAUCGUUAUCCUCCUCAGGUCAAGUCGGCCAUCUUGCAAACUUUGGGAUUAUUAUUGGGCAAGGUACCGAUGCACUUGAAGCCUUUCUUGCCGCAGUUGCAACGUACAUUUGUGAAAUCCCUUUCGGAUGCAUCAAGUGAUGACGUACGAUCCAACGCUGCUUCGGCUUUGGGUGUUCUGAUCACGCUGCAACCUCGUGUGGAUCCUUUGGUGACGGAACUUGUAUCGGGCAUCCGUGCAAGCGAAGCCGAGGUGAAGGAAGCGAUGAUGGAAGCUCUCGAAAAUGUGGUUUCCAAGACCCAAGCCGCUCUCAGCGACAAUUCCAAAAAGGGUAUCCAAUCCAUUAUCGAAGAAGGUCUGGCAAAAGACGCCACAUCCGGCAUGAAGGAGUCGGCUACCCGGUUACAAGCAAUCUUGAAAUAAUUGACACGCUACAAGUUUCCUGAUUUCUUGCAUGUAAUAUCUCUUUUUUUUUUCUCCAAAGCUUUACUUUUGGAUAAAAAGAACUGUGACAAAUCACAGAUCAACCUCUUUUUUCUUCAAUUUUUCUUUCUUAGAGUUGUUUUCAGUGCGUAUGUCAAUAAAGUCAUCGACAUAGAUAAAUCGGU